CCAAGCCCCAGCCCGGCCAUCAGCGACGGUCUGCGCGGGCCAUGUGGGCACCCGGGGUCACAGCCGAGGGCCUGUCGGGGGCGCCGGCGCCGCCGCCCAUGCUGCCGCUGCUGCUGCUGGCGCUGGUGGCGCCCUCGCGGGGCGGCGGGGGCUGCGCGGAGCUGGGGUGCGGGGAGCGGGAGCGCUGCUGCGACGCGGCCAACGCCACGGCCGUGCGCUGCUGCAAGCCGCCGCUGCACGCCUUCCUCGACAGCGUGGGCUGGUUCGUUCGCAAGCUCUCCGGGCUGCUCAUCCUUCUGGUGCUCUUCGCCAUCGGCUACUUCCUGCAGCGCAUCAUCUGCCCCAGCCCACGCCGGUACCCGCGCGGGCAGGCGCGGCCCGGGCAGGCGCGGCCGGGGCCGCCGGGGGCCGCGGGGCCGCCCGACGACGACGACGACUCGCCCGCGCUCCUGCGCGACGAGGCGGCCGCCGGCUCCCAGGACUCGCUGCUGGACAGUGGCGGCGGGGGCCGGGACCGGGGCGGUGGCGGGCGCGCAGCCCCCUCCUGCGCCUCGGAGCACGAGCUGCGCGUAGUCCCGCCGGCCUUCCUGCAGCUGCCCAGCUACGAGGAGGUCAAGACCCUGCCGACCUACGAGGAGUCCAUGCGGCUGCAGCAGCCACGCCCCGGGGACAUCGUGCUGCCCGUGUCGGUGCUCGGCCACCCGCGAGGCGGCGGUGCCGCCGAGGAGUCCGACAACGGCGACGGCCACUUCCCGCUCAUCUGA